AUGGCUCGGAUGCAAGAGUUAGUAUCUCUGCAAAAUUCACAUUUUGCUGAUAGUUAUGAAGUGUAUGUUGACUACGGACAAGGCCAACCUGUUAAAAUGAAAAACAAUGAAGCAACCUUUAUCGAUGUUGAAAAGUUUCUCAUUGGACAUGGUGAACAAUGGAAAAUGACGGCUAAUAAAAAAUCCACAUACAAAGAUUACGAUUACAAUUUGUCGUAUUCUGUUCGUCGUCCAAGUUGGUCUCAAUAUGACCAGGAAAAUGUGAAACCUUUGUCUCUAUACAACAGUCAUUCAAUAUUGACACCUCAUCGUUCUCAUCGACGUCUAUCAUCGUCUUCAUUAUCAACUCCAUCAUCUCGAAUUGAUUCGAAAGUGAUUUAUGAUGAACUAUGGUCAUCGACCAAACGAAAUAAUCCUCGUAUAGAUGCGUUCUUGAAUUACAUUCAUGGAGAAUUCGAUAACAGAACAAAACAAGUACCGACUGAACGUAGAUCAAUGCGUAUAAAAAAUAGUCAUCAAGUACCGACGCGUCAUAGUAUUCAAGAACGAAUCUACCCAACUAUCAACGAGACGAAAUUAUGUUUACAUAUUGCUGUCAAUGGCAUGUCGAAAUCUUUGCGAGGUCAAAUACCUCUAUCGAAUUUAGACAUCAAUCGAGGAGAUUUCGGUGACGAUGCUGGAAUGUUCGUAGACAAUCGAUCGUUUUCUUUUGUUGGUUUGGCUGAUGGUGCUGGUGGAAAUCGUUCAUUUGGGAUCAAUCCAGCUGACUUCUCUCAAGCUGUAUUAGAUGCAUGUCGACAUCUUCUACAGAAAACACAUUUUCAUUCCAAACAAUUACCAAAGUUAAUCCUAUCGGCAAUGGAACAAGUCGAGGCACGAAAAGUUCGUGGUAGUAGUACAUUGUGUUUACUCGCUCUGAACAAAGAAGAGCAUACUUUAACAUCUUUAAAUAUUGGCGAUAGUGGUUUUGUCAUCUAUCGAAAUAAUGAAAUCUACGGUCGAUCCAAAUGCACAAUGAAUUCUAAUGGUCGAGGACCGAAACAAUUGUUUUCAUUGAAUGAUUCACUUGGUGUACCUUGCUUUAUUAAUGAAAAUGAAGUUUUAAGUUAUUGUUCGUUGGAUACAAUGAAAGUGCAAAAAGGUGAUACCAUUAUUUUAUCAUCCGAUGGUUUAUGGGACGUCAUGCAAGCUGAUCAAUUACAACAAGUUAUUAAACGUAAUGCACAUAUGCGCUUGCAAAAUUUAGCUGAUGAUCUUCUCAAUCAAGCUGUGCAAGGAUACAUUGCUGACGGUCGAGAUGAUAUUUUGAUUAUUGUAUGCCGAGUCGAUGAGUUAUGA